AUGAAGAUCCGUAGAUUCAAAUUAUUUAAAUUCUUAAAAAGAAGAAUAAAAAGCACAAUUAGUCUUGGUUUUUUUGUCUACAUUUUAAUUCAUUACUUCACUCAAUGUUCAGAUGAGCAAGUCCCCGGAUGGGAGUUUAAUAUCUCUCGAGAUAUAAGCUUAUACAUAAAUCCAAAAAAUAAUACUCUGAUAACAAGCCCUAAAUUUAUAUGUACAUCGCCUUACCUGUUGAUUAUUGUUCAUUCCGCGGUGGACAAUUCAAAAGCGAGAAUGGUAGUUCGAAACACCUGGGCUCAUAAGCAUAAUAUAUAUUUUAAAUAUUUUAAAUCUAUAAACAAAAUUAUUGAAGUUGCGUUUAUAUUGGGCAAAAGUAAAAAUAAAACACUGAACUAUAAAAUCUUAGAAGAAAAUUUUCGGUACGGUGACAUUAUUCAAGAAAAUUUCAUUGAUACUUACAACAAUUUAACUAUAAAAUCGGUGAUGAUGUUGAAAUGGGCAAUAACCAAGUGUCGUCAAGCAAAAUUUAUUAUGAAAACAGAUGACGAUGUUUAUGUAAAUAUUCCAGUUUUAAUGAGAGCAUUGAGGACAUCAAACACAACUAGACUUUUAAUGGGUCACAUUUUCAAGAAUGACUUACGACAAACUAAUCCUCGAAGUAAAUGGUAUGUUGCAGCCUAUAUGUACGGGGAGAAAAUCGUUCCAAAUUAUGCCGUUGGCCACGGUUACAUUAUGAGCUCAGACGUUGGAUUAAUCCUGUAUAAAACGGCUUUGACAACUCCAGUUGUCCACCUGGAAGACGUCUAUUUAACAGGAAUUUGUGUUAAAAAAGCUAAUUUAAGUCUUAUUGAUUACCCACGCUUUGAAUAUUUGCAUCAAUCAUUUUUUUUUAAAUUCUUAUUUACAGAGCCUGAAUAUUAUGAAAAUCAUAUUAUUGUACAUUGUGAUAACAUUUUUGAAAUGUAUAAAAUUUGGAAAAAAUUAAAUACUCUCUAA